AUGGCGCUCGUCACCCUCCAGCGCUCGCCCACCCCCAGCGCCGCCUCCUCCUCGGCCAGCAACAGCGAGUUGGAGGUUGGCAGCGAUGAAGAACGGAAACUGAAUCUGAGCCUGAGCGAAAGCUUUUUUAUGGUGAAAGGUGCUGCAUUAUUUCUCCAGCAAGGCAACAGCCCUCAAGGCCCACGGAGUCUUCCUCACCCUCACAAACAUGCAGGUGACUUGCCACAGCACCUCCAGGUGAUGAUCAACCUCCUUCGGUGUGAGGACAGAAUCAAACUGGCCGUGCGUUUGGAAAGUGCCUGGACAGACCGAGUGAGGUACAUGGUGGUUGUCUACAGCACUGGGCGCCAAGAUACCGAAGAGAACAUCCUGCUGGGAGUGGACUUUUCCAGCAAAGAGAGCAAAAGCUGUACCAUAGGGAUGGUUUUGCGCCUGUGGAGCGACACGAAGAUGCAUCUUGAUGGCGACGGUGGAUUUAGCGUCAGCACUGCAGGGAGGAUGCAUAUCUUCAAGCCGGUUUCCGUGCAAGCCAUGUGGUCUGCCCUGCAGAUCCUCCACAAGGCCUGCGAGGUUGCUCGGCGGCACAACUACUUCCCGGGCGGGAUGGCACUCGUCUGGGCCACCUACUACGAGAGCUGCAUCGCCUCCGAACAGAGCUGCAUCAACGAGUGGAAUGCCAUGCAGGACCUGGAGUCGACCCGCCCUGACUCGCCAGCCUUAUAUGUGGACAAGCCAACUGAGAGGGAGCGGGCAGAACGCCUCAUCAAGGCCAAACUCCGGAGUAUCAUGAUGAGCAAAGACCUGGAAAAUGUGACCUCCAAAGAAAUACGGAAUGAGCUGGAGAAGCAGAUGAGCUGCAAUCUGAAAGAAUUCAAGGAAUUUAUUGACAACGAGAUGCUGCUGAUCCUAGGGCAGAUGGAUAAACCCUCCCUCAUUUUUGAUCAUCUAUACUUGGGUUCUGAAUGGAAUGCCUCCAACCUGGAGGAACUCCGGGGCUCUGGCGUCGACUACAUCUUAAAUGUCACCAGGGAAAUCGAUAACUUUUUCCCUGGCUUGUUUGCGUACCACAACAUAAGAGUCUACGAUGAAGAAACGACAGACCUCCUUGCCCACUGGAAUGAGGCCUACCACUUCAUAAAUAAAGCCAAGAAAAAUCACUCCAAGUGUCUGGUCCAUUGCAAAAUGGGUGUCAGUCGCUCUGCGUCUACGGUCAUCGCCUAUGCCAUGAAGGAAUGUGGCUGGUCCUUGGAAAAAGCCUAUAAUUACGUGAAACAGAAGCGCAGCAUCGCCAGGCCGAACGCUGGCUUCAUGAGGCAGCUCUUGGAAUACGAAGGCAUUUUGGAUGCCAGCAAGCAGCGCCAUAACAAGCUGUGGAAGCACCAGUCGGAUGACCGCCUCCGCCAGAACUCAGAUGGCUCCAGCAGCCCCAGCACCUUCCUGAUGGAGAAUCUCGAGGUCGACCUGGAACCUCCCUGCCAGCCGGCCUGUGCAGAUCCGCGAGUGAGCCAAGAAGCCGUGGGCUUCCAUUACUGCUUUAGGCACCUCUCCGACUCUCUGCCUGGCAACAGGGAAUCCUUUUUCCAGGUGGAAGAUACGGAGCGAGACGGGCCUCUGGAGGAGGCUGAUGCUGCAGCGGACCUCCCUUUCCCGGGCUUCUCAGACAAGCCUGCAGUGGAAAAACGGAAGGGCAAGGAGAGGGUGGAGGUCUCUGGCCUCGGAGAGAAACCAGCCAAGAAGAAAUCUGAGAUCAGCCUCCUGAAAGACGUGGCCAUGCCCAGUCUUGCCAUGCCGGAAGAGGAAGUCCCCCGAGAGGAGAAGCCCAUGGAGAGGUGGAAGCGGCGCUCGUCCGUGCAGGAGGAGGAGAGCAGGCUGAACUGCGAGAACCUGAAUAACAACAACAGCAAGAGGAGCUGCCCUGAGGAUUUUGAGCAUGAUGCCAUCUUUGGAAUCCUCAACAAAGUGAAACCUUCCUACAAAUCUUGCGCCAGCUGCAUGUAUUCCUCACCCAGCACCUCUGGAGAAGCCUUUGGGGAAUCGUGUGAGGACCUGCAUUCGGUUCCUCCGUGCCACAGUUCCGCCGUCUGCACGCAGCCCUCGUUCCUGACCCAGGGGACGCCUGUGUUUUUAGAGCAGGAGCUUCGGCAGUCGCCUCCUAUGGAAAUCCAUGGGGCUAAAACCGGUGCUUUGCCUUCAGUGCUGGCCGAGAGUAACUUGCAGGAUGUUGACAGCGUGAAACCUUUAGCCAGUUGGCCGUUUGAUACCCUGGAGAAGGCCAAAGAUGUAUCAAAAGCACCCGCUGGGGACUUGCUUGGCCAGAGGAAUUCUCUGUGUGAGAGGAAUGCCCUCUUCGGCGAAGUCCCGAAAGAGGACUCUUCUCCAAGGAAAGAGGUCAGACCCACAAAGGACCUGAAGUACUUGCUGUUCAGUAAAGAUUUAGAAAAACCAACCAGCAACAGCUACUUGAUGCAGCAUCAGGAGUCGCUGAUUCAGCUGCAGAAGGCAGGGUUGGUUCGGAAGCACACCAAAGAGCUGGAGCGCCUGAAGAGCCUGCCCUCGGAGACGGCGGGGCAGGUGAGGGAGUGUCCUGGGAACCCCUCCAACGCUGCCAUACCUGAAGAGACCCCAGACUUAGUGACUCAGCAACGUCAACUACCUCUUCGGGAGCUGCUGCUUGCAGCCCCUCGAGACACAGAACAUCACCCUGAGAAGCUACAGAAAACCCUCCCUGCAGGGGGGGUGUCACAGAAAACCUCCACGCCCCUCCUCUGCAAAGCUGACCACAUGAGCAGUUUCACAAAAGACUUUCUGAAGACCAUUUGUUACACACCCUCCUCGUCCAGGAGUUCCAACCUGACGCGGAGCUCCAGCAGCGACAGCAUUCACAGCGUGCAUGGGAAGCCCGGCCUGGUGAAGCAGCGGACCCAGGAAAUCGAGACCCGGCUGCGGCUGGCAGGGCUGACCGUCUCGUCUCCCUUGAAACGCUCCAACUCCCUGGCCAAGUUGGGGAGUCUGAAUCUGUCCUCGGAGGACCUGACGAGCGAAGGGGACCCGUCUGCACUUACGGAUGGGAAGGAGGCCCGACCGGGCGAGACCUCCGGGCUCUGCGACUUACGGUCCGCUUGGAAGAAUGCAGAAGUGGGCACUGGGCUGCCGGGGAAAUCCAUUGUGGGGAAGUUGAAGAGCACGCUUUGGGAGGGGAAAAGCUGA